AAAUUGUUCAACGUAUGGGUGGAUAAUCUGGAGAGGUUGCAUUUGCAUCGGAGAAACAUGAUGGGUGGAUUGGGACACUUGAGAAGACGCCAGUCUGUUUGGCUCAAACAGCAUUGGAAGCAGGCUAAUAAAGACGACGAUUCAAAAUUGAUAUUCGACGAACUCGUCAGACUGUGUCGCCAUCUGAACAUUAAUAUGUCAAAGGCGUCAUUGAAAACGAGAUUUGACGAAGCGGAUGAACAGAAACUUGGUUGCCUCGAUUUUGGAGACUUUCAGCGAUUUGUGAAGCUAAUUAAAAAACGGGUUGAGUUGGAAGAACUGUUCGAUUCCCUGUCGAAAUCGCGUGGAGAUGUUAUGACACAACAAGAAUUCAAAACCUUUCUUGCCAAUGUUCAAAAGUUUAAUUUGAAAGAAGAAGAAUACGAUAACUUAUAUUACAAAUUUUGCGAUAAAGAUCGAAUGGAAAUGAACUCGGAAGGGUUCAACAGUUUCCUAAUGUCCA